AGUCGUCUUUCGCUUUAAUCUCUAUUUCGAAUCCUAACUCCAAGCUCCACCUCGCUUUUCAUCGAUCUCCAAGAGGCUAGCGGCACAGGCGAAUCCAUACAGCACAACAAAACUAUACAGAUAUUUCAGUGGCAAAUAUCUUGAUAUCUUGGAAGAAUGUCAUUUAUCAAGCAAUGGCGCUUUAGUGUCGCUGAUAGCCUUCUCGCCGUACACAUUACACCCGUAGGCGCUUACGUUGCUUCCACAGCAGGACGUAUAUUCUUGCUCGAUAGUAUCUAUGGAAAAGAGAGGGCACAUGCCGAUCUGGGUAUGAAGGGGACGAUGAAGUUCACGUCUUCAUCUCAAGGGGAUGUUCUCAUCGUUGGCCUAAAUAACAAGGCAAUUCGCCUAAACCCAACAACGCUACAAACCAUCUGGACCAAAGACAUAUCCGGGGUGGCAAAAUCCACAACCGUCUUCUACCUAAACAACGACUUCAUUUUCGCGGCUGGAGGAAAUACAUUGAAGCGGUUCACCUUGAACGGAACGCAGAUCUCAUCUUACUCAUGGGCGACACCACACAAGCUUGAUGUUGUCAUGAGGAUCGUUGCAGAAGAUUUGUCCAAUAUUACUGUUUACCUCACUGGGGACACCAAUAUCCAGGCCAUACAAACGCAACCAAAAGCGUUCAGAGAGAUCGGCAAAUCUGAAAUCUUCGGCUCCGGUAUAUGUGUUCCAAGCCUCGCUGUUGGGCGCGAUGGAAUUUUCCUUGCAACCACAAAAGGGAGUGCGAGUCCUGGACCAUCUUAUGUUCAAAAAAUGGGAUUCAAUCUGAGCGGUUUGCUUUGUAUUAUGAUCAUUGAGGAGGCAAGCGGCUGGGAUAUUCGACUUGCUACGGACAGUACAAAAUCCCACCUAUUUGCUGGAACCAACGGUUUUAUAUUAAAACUCGAUACCCAGACCCUGAAAACUCUGUCCAGGGUCAGUCUCCCUGGAGCUGAGGGCUAUGGGUUGACGAGCAUUUUCGUCGCUAAUCAGGACGUCUUUGUAGGAUGCAACGGAUGUGUAUAUCAGUUUGACCUGGACCUUCGUAUGACUGGCCGAACUGUUGACCCCAGCCUCUCUAGUGAGAUGAGUUUGCACGCAAUAUCGGAACAGAUGCUCAUUUGUGGCCAGAACGGGAAGGCAUAUGCUAUCAAGUUGCAACCAAGCGUUACCUCUUACGGGCCCUGGAUGAGCCAGCUGUGGAAACGGAUUGGCCCAAGAAAGCUAAGAGAAAUAGCUCUGCCCGGAACUCAUGACUCAGGCUCUUACGGAGUGACUGGUGACUCGGCUUUCGGGCAAGACAAGGAGAUAUGGCAAAAGUGGUGCCUGGAGACGCUUCCUCGAAGAAAAAAAGAUAUUGCUGUCGGAUGGGCAAGGACUACAUCUGCAAACUUCUUGGAGCAGCUCAAGAUGGGCAUACGAUACUUCGAUCUACGGGUCGCGCUCGAAAAUCCCGGUCCUAGCUUUGUUCACGGACUCGUUGGUCCAUCAUACCUGGAUCUUUUCGAUCAACUGGAAGAUUGGUACAAGGACCCUGAGAACGCGUAUGAGAUUGUGCUGUUAGAUUUCAAUCAUUUCUACAAUAUGGUCCUUGACCCUGAUCAUCCUGAGCAGGGUCCACACGCUGAGAUUAUUUCAAAUCUCCAUUUCCGAUUCAAUGACAAAUUAUUCCCGUACGCCAACGAAGAGAGCAGGGACUUGACUAUAUUCCAGAUUUGGAAUACGCCAUACCGUAUAUUUGCCUUUUAUGCUAACGACAUCGCUGUGAAAAACGAUCGAUUCCUCUGGCCACGUGAAAAGAAAGAAACCAGCGCAAUCUCAGUCAGAUGGGCACAAACAGAUGAUAUAGAAACGGUCAUCGACGUUGCUGAAGCAGUAGCCAAUGAUACAAUCAACAAGUUUAAGGUCAUGCAGUUCGUCCGCUCUCCAUCCUUGAGCAUGUAUACGAAUUCAUUCCUCUCGACACGCUCAUCUAUUGAAUGCAAUCAGGACUCGUUAUUGGGUUUGGCGGACGACAUGGCCGAAGAGUCGCUCCAACGUCUAGCAUAUUGGAAAGGGAAUCCCACAAAUUAUAAAGGAAAAAUCAACGUUGUCGUAACUGACUGGUUCAACGUGUUUGCGCCCGAGGGAUCAUACUGUGGGCUGCCUCCGUUUGUGGAUGCGGUAGUAAAGCUUAAUGAGUGAUUUUCAUUAGUUUUCUAGCUGGUUACAUGUUGGUUUACGGCUUGAAUGACCUGUAUUUUGGUUAUAUAGUUUAGAAAAUGAUUUUCUAGUUUUCCCCCGGCCUGGAUUGGUUUAAAAAUAUUUUAUA